ACGCACUGUAUUGCGAAGUCUCAUCCCCAAAGCUCGAUCUCCAACUACUUUGCUGUAGACACAAGGUUACAUAAAUCAUGGCUGCUAGAACCCUUGGGAGUUGCAUCUUCUGCAAGAUCAUCAAAGGAGACAUUCCGAGCUUAAAGCUCAUCGAGACAGAGUUCUCUUACUCGUUCCUCGAUAUCGGACCCCUGUCGAAGGGGCACGCUCUCGUCAUUCCCAAAGACCAUGUUGCGAAGAUGCAUGAACUUUCAGAUGACUACCUCGCAGACGUUCUUCCAAUCGCCAAGAAGAUUGCGCUCGCACUGGGCGUCGAGAACUACAAUAUCCUGCAGAACAAUGGUCGUAUAGCUCAUCAGGAGGUAGACCACGUCCACUUCCACGUUAUUCCCAAGCCUCGUGCUUCCCAUGAUGUUGGUCUUGUCAUCGGUUGGCCGACACAGAAGGUCAACAUGGAUGAGCUCAAGAAGUUGCACCAGGAGUUAUUAACCAAGCUCUAAGAUGUAGGCUGCACAAUUAAUCGAAGGAGUUGUAUAAUAUCGUUAUGUAUCAUUUCUUGCACAUUAUCAUGGAAACUUUAGGCAAUAUUGAAUACAAUUCUCAAAUUCUUUGGUACCGUUCUCGAUCAAUUGAAGAGAAAGAAAGAUAAUCAACGAAGGAGAUCUAU